AAGCAGCUCCGCAGCUGUUCGUUUGUUUUGGCGCCAAAUCGUCGGUGCAGAAGCAGAAGUGAGUUGAAGUGAUUAUCAUGACUAUUUAUGACCGUUGUGAAGUUUAUACGCGGUGACACUUCAAAAUAAGAAUGAAACCUCCAAACGUUACUUCGGUCCUACUUGUGGGGCUGCAAGAUUCCCACAAGUCUUCAUUUCUUAUGCAGGGAGCCGUGCACUACGCCGAGCAAGGUCAUACCAUCAUCUACAUCACUGCCAAUGAGUUUGACAGUCUCCCCCUUCCGAUACAAGGAAUGACACGGCCGACUCCAGAUGUCUUUUCCCUAAUCAAAUUUUUGUACCUUCCUUGUUGGCAAGAUCUUCUGCAGCAUGUCUACUCCCUGCACUUACAUGCACUUGUACCGACUGUGAUAAUUGUGGAUUCUCUUGAACACUUCUGUGCUGCACCUGAUCGCAGCGACGUAUAUGAACCUAGCAGCCGUGCCUCAGAGGCGUCCCAUGCUGCACUUGUUUGCGCUGCUUUGCUUGACGGUACAGCAGUGUGUGCCAAACGUUCCAAGGGUCAAGCCCAUUUAAUAGUGUCACUGAAUCAAGACUCAUCUGAUCCGAAAAUGUCCCCUCUGAUUGACAUCUAUUUUACUGAUGUUGUAUGGAUGUUUGAAAAGGCGAGUGCUAAUAGAAAUUCAUCAGGCGACACUGGUGAUUAUUCUAUGACCAAUUUAGAAACAACUGGUUCUUCCGUUAAACAUUAUAACAUUUCAUUCAGUCCAGAGCAAAGUGUUGGUGCUGUCGUAGUUAACAAAAUAUCUUUCUGGCAGAAAAUUCAGGGGGCUCCACCUUAGUCUUUUAUUCAAAAAGCACUAGUAUGUUGUUAUUUUUUUAAAAAAAUUGUUUUUAAUUCAUACUUUGUUUAUUAGUUAAUACACUAAUAAAUUAUUCAAGUAUUUCA